AUGUCUGACGAUCAAUGUGAUUCCGAGAGCUUUGAAGAUCUCGAACCAGAAGCAUCCUGUAGAAGAAGGCAAAGGAAGCCAAAAACCUCCCGUUCUUGUCGGGCAGGGUUGAUCUUCCCAGUCAGCCGGAUCGACCGAUUCCUUCGGAAAGGAGCCUAUGCCGAGCGCAUAGGGUCGGGAUCCUCCGUCUACAUGGCAGCGGUGCUUCAGUACCUGACGUACGAUUUGGUGGACAUUGCCGGAAACAUCGCGAUAGGGGCCCAGCGGCGUCGGAUUACUCCCGGUCACUUGCAACAAGCGGUCAGCGGCGAUUCUGAACUCCAGUUUCUGUUUGGAGAGGUUCUGAGUCAGGAGAAGAACUGUCCGAGGAAUUCACCUGCUACCUCUUCCAGAAAGGGGAAGAAAUCGAGCAAGGGCCUACGAGCUCCGGAUGCCAUUGUUGCGUAAAUGAAGGCGGUGCCAUUGAUCCAGACAUGGGGUGAAAACUUUUAAUAUCCAACAGGGCGCAGAAAUAAAAAAGCUGCUCUGAAGAUGCGCUCAUGGUGGUGUGAACGUCUUUAUUU